AUGUCUUGUAGGACUGCUCCUGUUCGAUGCAAACUCACUGUUUGUUCACAGAAACGACAGAAGAUUGCUUCCAACACAACGCCGACAAGAACAUUUCAGCCAAGCCGCCGUCUUUUGUUGUCAACCACAUGUCGCAAUCUCCUCAUCAAACACACCUCCUCUCAUGAUGGACACAAGCGCAAAAAAGUGUCCGUUUGUCUCAUCCAACAUUUGCUCGGCCUGACAGUCACCGAGUCGCCGAGACCCGUGACCAUGUGUCGUCACGGUGGCGUGACGAGAAUACGCGCUGUCGUCUCAGCUGGGACUCACUUUACCGAAUAUCCUGCUCCAACUGCUCACUACUGCAAUAACUCGGUAAGUAGUAUAGCACAGUAUUGCACAUUUCAGUUUAGUCUAUUAACAUGA